AUGAAGGGAUUUACCACUUGCUCCGCCAUUCUAACUCUUGUUAGCCAGCAAGCUUCUGCUCACUAUAUUUUCCAGUCCCUUGCUGUUGGUGGCACAAAGAAUCCCCCAUACACCUAUGUCCGGAAGAACACUAAUGGGAAUUCGCCUGUGACCGAUCUCACAAGCUCAGAUCUUACCUGCAACGUGGGUGCUGAAACUGGUUUCAACACCUCAACCGUCACUCUGGCAGCUGGGUCCACCAUUGCGUUUAUUAGUGACACAGCUGUCUACCAUAACGGACCUGUCUCUGUAUACAUGGCCAAAGCCCCUACAACUGCUGCCGCAUUCGAUGGUUCAGGAAACGUGUGGUUCAAGAUUUUAGACAUUGGCCCGACUUUCCCAGGCGGGAAAUGGGACUUGAAGCAAACAUACGAAGUUCCAAUUCCGGCUUGUAUCUCAGCUGGGGAAUACCUCGUUCGAAUCCAGAGCAUGGCUAUCCACAAUCCUUAUCCCGCACUCCCACAGUUCUAUGUCUCAUGCGCGCAAGUUGCCAUCACUGGAGGUGGAUCCAAGGAUCUGGGUCCCAAGGUUGCUAUUCCCGGGGCUUUCAAGGCCACUGAUCCGGGAUACAUUGCAAACAUUUACACGAAUUUCACCAGUUACACGAUCCCUGGCCCGGAGGUGGCAUCUUGUUAA